AAAAAUUGAACAUUGACAUCAAUAUAUUUGUACUUGUUGUUGACAAUAUAACAAAACACAGGUCCUUAAUUUCUCCGUCUGAUGAUUUCUCAAUUCAAAGGUAUCUUUUUCAGCGCCUCUACACAAAAAUUUCCCAAAUUUAUUUUCACUUCAAAAUCAAAGCAUCUCAAAGCUUUCUCAUCAUCAAACGUCCUCGGAAGAAAAAUGGAAUCACCUGCACCUGCGGACACGCUUCUUUUACUAUCUGGGAAAUCCGAGGAGGAGAAUGACGUGGCAAAGGUACUCAAGAAUAACAAUACCCUUAAAACUGGUGAAGGAGUUGAGCUUGUUUUGCAUUCCGAGGUGAAAUUGGAAAACGACGACGCUUUUCGAAUUGAAGAAUACUUCAACUCCCUUUCGACUAGGCGUUUUGGGAGACUCCUCAUUUACUCUCCCAAAUUGUCCUCUACUCAUGACGUUAUUUCACAAAAUAACUCUGACUUGCCAGUUGGUACAGUGUGUGUUGCUGAUGUUCAACUGAAAGGGAGAGGCCGUUCGAGUAAUGUGUGGGAAUCACCAAAGGGUUGCCUUCUGUUUUCUUUUUCAAUACAAAUGGAGGACGGUAGAGUGGUGCCACAUUUACAGUAUGUCGUCUGUCUUGCCAUGACAGAGGCCAUUAAGGCUGUCUGUUUGGAAAAGGGAACCCCAGAGCUUGAUGUUCGAAUAAAGUGGCCAAAUGAUCUGUAUUUAGGUGACGUUAAAGUGGGUGGCAUUCUUAGCACAUCGGUAUAUAGGUCGAAGAAGUUCUAUGUUAGUGCUGGAGUUGGAUUGAAUGUCGGGAAUGAGAAGCCUACUACAUGCUUGAAUGCUGUUUUAAAGAAAGUGAAUCCUCUCUCACGCGAAUUGAAGAGAGAAGAUGUUAUUGCAGCCUUUUUCAAUAAAUUUGAGAACCUGUAUGAUGUUUUCUCAGAACAAGGAUUUCAAGCUCUUGAAGGAUUGUAUUAUAGGACUUGGUUACACAGUGGACAAAGGGUUAUGGUGCAGGAGAGAAGUGGUGAUCAGGACCAAUUUGUUGAAACUGUAGUCACCAUUCAGAUAACAUAUUAAGGUGCAUGGAAAGGGGAAUCCACCUGAUAGUACUGUGCAGUUACAAUGCGGUGGUUUUUGGCAGAACUUUUGGGCGUUUUAGCCUAGGCCUUAUGUCAACGGCUUCCAUUCAAUCUUUCUCUUAGGAUUAUCUGAAUGGAAGACUGAAAUGGCCACUUAAGCACUUGAAACUGGUAAAGGAUUUCUAACAACGGUUAGCACAAGGAGUUUCCUAAAAUUGUUCAAAACUAUAAAUGAAUAUACACAUUAAUCAUCUUUUCUAAGUUCAAUGGAUAAAACGAACGAAAGAUCAGCGGUCUGCCCAGAGAAAAGGACCUUUGGUCUAACUCAAUUGGUGUAUGCUAAAUUCUUUCCUAACUAAAUUAACAAAAAGCGACAAACGAGAUUUGCUGAAGCUGUAUGACUCAAGGAUUGUAUGAAAGCUUGUCAAAAACAGUUAUCAACGAUUUUCUUGUAAACUUACAAGAUUUGUUAUGUAGGUUUUAUUGUUAUAAAUAUAGUGAUUAAAACUUAAAUUUGUGACUAAUUCAUGAUCGCAUAGAAUUCUCGUCUUUAUUAAUGCAUUUGAUAAGUCCUUAAUUUUCUUUAAAAGCUAGACUCGCUUAAGGUAAUAACUAAAACCAUCGUAAGGUUCUCUUUACUAACAAUUCCUUUAUUUUAAUAAGCUUACAUUUAGGAUGCUGAGAACCACAUGUGAAGACAAACUUCUUUUGCAAAAUUGUACCAAGCAAUUAAACGUCAAGGGAAUGAGUAAAAAUAAUGUUUAUUCAUUAUAAAGCUCAAUAAUUAUAAAUCUAAGAUCUGAAAAUGUUAAUUGCAUACAAUUGAACAUGUUCAGAGGAAUGAGCUGUCCUUGCAAUGAAUCUGAAGCUGGUACAAUAAGCAGAUAUGCCUAGUGCUUUUAAUCCAAACUAAGAUUGAAUUUCAUCUUGGUACUUUUUUGUUGUUCAGCAGCAACCAUUAGAAUUUUUCCUUUUAUCUCUAGCUUUAUAUUAACAUUUUAUUAUAUUAUAUUAUUUUAGUUGGGCUAAAGUGCAUUAUUGCCCCCUAAUUUUCCAAACGAGCGGUUCGAUCCUCAUUCUUUUUAGUUUGUUCCAAAAAGAAUGGAAGCUUUCUAUAUGUGAAAAUGAUUUAACUUUAAACUUUCAAUUUUCAAUGUUACUCUAAUGAGAUGCUUUUAUAACCAUAAAGAUGUCAUGGUAUGUUUAUGACCACAAGUUUCAAAAGUAUUUCUUUGUUUCUUAAACUCCGUGACCAAUCAAACUGUUCCACAUGAAUAGAAAUGGAGGGAGUAAUUAGAAAGGAAAUUUUCCAUAAAGCGCCUAAGUGCAGCUAAUAGCCCCUUUGAAUUGGUUCUAGCAAAACACUUGAAGGAGGUUAUGGGACAAUCAAGCCUUCUUGUAACCGUGACUUUGUUGGGUUCCUUUCCUGUUGCUUGAAUGUUUGUCCUGUUCCCUUUUUCAUCUGCCUUCUAAAAAUGAUUAAAAGGGAAGCUGAACUAUACCUUUUGAAUCAAGUUAGUAAUUCAGUUGGAAAGUCAAUUUAAUCAAGCAGCUUCAUGAACAUUCAGGCAAUUAAAGUUGAUGUGAUGAUAUUCGACAGUUUCACCUAAAGGGUGAGUUUAGUAUAUGUAUAAGCUGCCUAGAAACUCCCAUAUGUCUUUAGUCAACUCUUUAUUUCUUCUUUCAGUAAUACGAUACUAUUUCCAAAGAAGGAAAUAAAAUAAGCUUCUUUAUUGAUACGUCGAAGUAUUUGGGAGACUUUGGGGAAUGCCGGUGACAAUGGAGUGUGGAACGGCGUGAGAAGGGGUCCGGCGAGGGUGCUAGCAAGUUGCUUUGGCACAAUGGCAUGCUUUUAUGCUAAGGGGAAAGAGAAGGUUUUGGGUGUGAAGGGGUUCUAUUGAAAUUAACUAUUCAUGUUUUUCUUAUUUCUAAUGAUUUUACUAAAUCCUGAUAUGUCUCCAAUUGUCUUUGUGUUAUUGCAGAAUAGGACUAAAAGUUUCUUUUUUUUUUUUGGGCUUCAUGUUGGGAGUUUAAAUGUGGACUUUGCUCCUAAGACACUAAGAAAGAGUGUAUGCUUAGGAAAAUUUAAGGAGUUGUGCAAUUUACAAGUUACCUAAUAUAUUUUCCCUUUUAGUUCUCAAUUUGAUUUUGUUACCCGAUACAUUAUCCAUGGGUUAAACUGGGUUCAACGUCCUGAGUUAGAGAGAAGUAUAAGAAACUGUACUGUUAGCCAAGAUGAAUUUGGAUGAAAGAUUUCUGAACAGAUAUAAAGCAUCUCAUACAAGAGAGGUUAUGAAUAGUUGCCACUUAUUCUUGUGAAGAGGGUAGGAAACCUGUAGAGCUCUAUGUUUACUGUUAAAUCUUUGAUUUUAUACUUCCAUUCCAUAAUGGGACGUGCAUAACUCCUUACUUUAUGCUUGUAAUAAUGUUGAUUAUUAUUCUUCGUAUUGUCACUCAGCCGAAGCAUGCACCCUCGUCAAUUAUAUGAAGUGUGCACACUUUGAAGUUUUGAUUGGUGACCACAUAUUUUCAUACUUUAUCUUAGUUGUCCUUGCUCUAGUAAACUGCCUUGUCUGUGUAAUUAGUACAUAAACAGAUCAUUCUAC